AAACAAUAUGUAUAUCAUGAUGUUGAUAAUCAUCACUACCGUGUCCUUGUGUUAGCUUAUGUUCUUUUUUCUAAACAUUCCAUGUUUCCUUCACUUCUUCGCUAUAUAUAAAACACAUUCCAAUUCUCAUUUCUAGUUUGGUUUUGCUUCUUUUCAAUUCUUACAAAGAAAUGGCACAUUUACCUCCUAGAGCACCAAACAUGACCCAAAAUUGGCCUGAUUUUUCACAUCAUCAAAAGAAUAUAGAAAAAACAACCACCACCAUCAGUCACCACCACAACCCGUCAUGGGUAGACGAAUUCCUCGACUUCUCAUCUGCGAAACGAGGGUCUCAUCGGAGAUCCAUAAGCGAUUCCAUCGCGUUUCUUGAAGCUCCAAUGGUUGACGAAUGCCGAAUAAGGUUGUCAAGUUCAGGAACAAGGACAACAAGUGCUGAAUUCGAGAGAUUUGAUGAUGAACAACUUAUGUCAAUGUUUAAUGACGACAUUGCGAAUAAUUCUGUUGAACACAACUCCACCAAUCCUUCGUCGCCUUCGGACCAUAACAGCAUUAAUGAAGGUAAGAAAAUGAAUGUGUCUACUCAUGAGCAGAAGCAAAUUCAGGAGCAACAGCAGCUUAAGACUGAACCUGAAGAAGUUGAAAGCUCAUGCAAGUCUGAUGAUGAACAAAAUGCUGCUGAUCUGAAUCCAACUGCUGAUAAUUCUAGCGAAAAAAUCGUUGAUCCGAAGAGAAUCAAAAGGAUCUUGGCAAACAGACAAUCGGCACAAAGGUCACGGGUGAGGAAAUUACAGUACAUAUCGGAGCUAGAACGUAGCGUUACUACACUUCAAGCUGAAGUUUCAGUAUUGUCACCAAGAGUUGCAUUUCUGGACCACCAACGUCUGGUUCUAAAUGUUGACAAUAGUGUCCUCAAGCAAAGAAUCGCAGCUCUUGCCCAAGAUAAAAUUUUUAAAGAUGCUCAUCAAGAAGCCUUGAAGAGAGAAAUAGAGAGGCUGAGGGAAGUUUAUUACCAACAGAACCUAAAGAAGAUGGAAAAUGAUCAGCCAACAAAGACACAACCAGCAGCUGCUGAUGCUAAUGACUCUGAGAAGAAAGAACAGCUCGUCAACUGAUCCCUAUUUUCUGAUCCUUCAGCUAGGAAAAAAAAAAAAAAAAACGUAGCUCGAGGAGAAGCACUAAGCAGAUUCAUGUGGUGUUUGGACCCACCAAGAAAGUUUCCUAUUAUGGAUGGGACAGGAUAAGGUCACUUGAAUUCUUGCAGUGAACUCUCAUUUUUAGGGGACCAUAUAAAGAAGUUAGUUUGUUUUUCUGCUUAGGGAUAGGUGUGUUAUUGUUAUUAUUGUUAUUGUUAUUAUUAUUUUUAUUUUUAAAUAAUUAAUUUCUCUAUUUUAUUUUAAAAAAAAUCUAUCAAACUACCUUCAAAAGGUUUUAUUGUUGGAAGGGGCAAGUGUACUUCUUGUAUUGGGAUGUAUGAGAGGGGAAAAGAGAUUGUUGACUUGUCAGUUAGCUGUUUGAUGUCAGGUUAUGGCACUUUCUUUUUUAUCAGUGUCUUUUGUUGUGAGUGGAUAUUCUUUUUUUAUCUUGUUACUAUGUAUUAUUCUCUCUCAAGUGAGCAAUUCCAUUGAUAAAUGUAAAUAUUCCUUUCAUUUUAUUUA